AUGGAAAGAGCUUGUGGAUAUGAAAUAAUCAAUUAUCUUUACAAUAAAAUGAAUAUAGAACUCUUAUCUACAUUUCAACAAAAUUAUCCGGAAGAAUUCGAUGGCAUAUUGGAUUGCGCAUCAAUGGCCGUAUGUUGUUCAUUUAAUAAAGUUGGCUCAUUAUUAGCUGUUGGCUGUUCAGAUGGCCGGCUAGUGAUAUGGGAUUUUUUAACCAAAGGUAUUGCUAAAAUAAUCAGCGCUCAUUGGUCACCGAUUUAUUCGAUUUCAUGGUCAAAAAAAAGUGAUUUAAUUGCCACAAGUUCCACAGAUAAUACCGUGUGUAUUUGGUAUACGUCAACUGGCCGAUGUCGCAUUCGUUAUUGUCUAUAUUCUCCCAUAAUUAAAAUACAAUUUCAUCCACGUAAUUCAUCGUAUCUACUCAUAUGUCCAAUGAAACAUAUGCCUAUCAAAUUGCAUGACGACGGUACUCAUCAAGUGGUUACAAUUGAGGAUGAACCGUAUGAUAAUAAUGUAACGUCAACAUUUGAUCGAAAAGGUUUACAUAUUGUAUCGGGUAAUAGUCGAGGUUUAAUUAUGAUAAAGACAUUCCCUGAUUUACAAACAAUAUCAUCCUUUCGUGUAACCACGGGUGCAAAUAAUAACACAGUGUUAAGACAUAUUGAAUUUCCAAGACGAGGCCAAUAUUGUUUACUGAAUACGUCUGAUCGUAUUAUUCGUAUUUAUAGUUAUAACGAUAUGUUAACAUGUGGAAUCAAAAAAGAUUUAGAACCUAAACAAAAACUACAAGAUUUGGUGAAUAAAUCGUUAUGGCGAAAGUGUUGUUGGUCAGGUGAUGGUGAAUAUAUUUGUGGUGCGAGUUCUCGACAGCAUAGUCUUUACAUCUGGGAAACGAUAUCGGGUAAUCUUGUUAAAAUUUUACAUGGUACAAAAGGUGAACAAUUAGGUGAUGUUUGUUGGCAUCCUGUACGUCCAAUUAUUGCGUCGAUAUCAAGUGGCGUUGUUUCGAUAUGGUCACAUAAUCAAGUGGAAAAUUGGAGUGCAUUUGCACCCGACUUUGUUGAAAUUGAAGAAAAUGUUGAAUAUCAUGAGAGAGAAAGUGAAUUUGAUUUAAAAGAUGAAGAUAAAAGUGUUGAUGGUGAUCAACAACAAAAUAUUCAACAAACAACAACGAAAACGAAACGAAGUAGUUAUAAUCAAAAUCAACCCAUGGAUGACGAUAAUAUUGAAAUAGAUGUUGUCAACGAACAGCGUAUCGAAGCCCUAGUAUCAAGUGAUGAUGAAGAUAUCAAUGAUCAAUUAAUUUAUUUACCUUCAGCACCAGAUAUUGAUGAACCAGAUGUUGAUGUUGUAACACCACAAACUCCACUACCACCUUCUAAACCCAAAACACCGACAACACCUUCACUGAAUACUAAUAAUAAUAAUCAAAUACCAUUAGCAGCAGAAUCGCAGACAAAACCAAGAGGCGAAAGUGAGCAGACAUACAACAUACAUUUGUCAGCUGAUAUCAAUGAUGUUCAUCCGUAUUUUGGUACGAAACGUUUAUUACCAUCACAAGAAGGUAAACGUGAGCCAAGAACACGACGUGCACUUGUUCCACAAUCAUCAUUAGAUUCUGAAGGAGUACAACAGCCUGCUAUUGCACAACAAAAUCCACCGCAAACACAUUCACAUCAUCAUCACUCUAAUCAACAGUCCCAUCAUUCAGAAAAACAACCUGCUUCUUCCAAUAAUGGACAAAAAGCUCACAAAAAGUCGGCACGAUUAGAAGGAAAAAAAAAUGCAGCGGCUGCGGCUGCUUCUUCGGUCAAUCCAACAACAUCUCCACAGUCUUCUUCUAUAGCAACAGAAGAAAUUCAAACACGUCACAAACGCAGUCAUACACAUUCAUCCGACUACUAUGAUUCAGAUUUUAUUUCUCAUUAG